AUGGAAGUAAAAGAUCAAACAAAGGUAGCUGAGUGUUUUGUUGAGUACUUUACUAAAAUCGCAUGUGAAAUUGGCGACCCUGAGUUGUUGGAAUUAUUCGAGGAACAAUUAUAUGACUAUAAAAGUGUCGAAAGUAUAAGGAACCACAAAGAAAUAGACAAUAGUCCUAAAUUCAGAUUUGGUAAAGUCCGUCAAGAUGAAGUACAACUUGCUCUGGAGAACUUAAAAGUAAGUAAAAGUUGUGGAUAUGAUGGCCUACCUAAUAGAUUAUUAAAGUUAAUCAGUGGUCCAUUGGCACCAUCUUUAACCCAGAUGUUCAAUGCAUGUAUUCAAGAUAACUACUGGCCUGUACAAUGGAAGAAAGGAGAGUGGGUUCCCAUUUACAAGAAAGAAAACCCCAGGGCUGAGAACAGCUAUAGACCAAUAACAGUUCUGAGUGCAGUUGGGAAAGUGUUUGAACAAUUAAUAGGUAAACAAUUAACUGAUAUGGAGCCGAAACUGGAAAACAAUCUAACUGCUUAUCGUAAGAAAAACAGUUGCGAGACUUCUUUAAUAAAACUAGUGGAGGAUUGGAAAAUAUCAUUGGAUAAUAAGACCGUUGUGGGGGUACUAACAACUGAUCUCUCUAAAGCUUUUGAUUCACUUCAUCCGCCUUUAUUACUAGCAAAAUUGAAAGCCUAUGACUUGUCGGAAGAUAGAGGCUCCAGUUAUGUUGAGAAGUUAUUUUACUGA